GUUUUUUUCUGUGGCUUUUACCAAGUUGCACGAACUCAUACGUUUGCAGAUCACGCAGAAAGUGAGCGAAGAGACCGUCGGUUGAAAAUGGAGUUGUACUUGGACCUGUUCUCUCAGCCCUGUCGAUCCGUUUACAUGUUUGCCAAGAAGAACAACAUUCCGUUUGAGUUUAAGGACAUAGCCCUGAUGAACGGUGAUCAUCAUUCAGAAGCAUUUGGGAGGAUCAACCAGCUGAGAAAAGUUCCUGCUCUUCGAGAUGAAGACUUCUGCUUGGCCGAAAGCAUUGCCAUCAUGCAGUACAUGGCUGAAAAGUUCAAGACCCCUGACUUCUGGUAUCCAGCUGAUCUGCAGCAGCGAGCUCGUGUCAAUGAGUAUCUGUCAUGGCAGCACACAGCUAUACGUAUGAAUGGAUCCAAGAUCUUCUGGAUGCGGCUUAUGAUGCCUACGGUGUAUGAAUUAGAGGUCCCCCAGGAAAAGAUGGAUGGCGCUAUUGAGGACCUGAAUACAUCUCUGACUCUCAUUGAGGAGAAGUUCAUUCAGGACAAGGCGUUCAUCAUAGGAGAUAACAUUUCCCUGGCGGACCUGGUCGCCAUUGUGGAAAUCAUGCAGCCUUUGGGUGCAGGAUUGGACAUAUUUGAGGGAAGGCCCAAGCUGAGUGCCUGGAGGGACAGGGUCGUGGACGCUAUCGGAAAGGAUCUCUUUGACGACGCCCACCAGAAAAUUCUGGGAGCUGAGGAGGCCAUAAAACAUCUGGACAAGAGCAUAGUGCAGAUUUUUAAACCUAAGGUCAUCAGGCUGUUCCUGUGAGGGGAGGUGAUGUUGGCCAGUAGCAUAGGGUCACGUCUUGGAUCACAUACAGUAUUGCAUGCAUUACGAGCCUCUAAUAUCUGCACUGUUUAAUACAAAUCAGAAAGCAAUAACAGUGUUUCAUAUUUGGAUGAAGGGCUGUGACCUGUGAUGGCUGAGGCAGUGGUCAGUGGAACUGAGAGGUCACUGAGGGCCUGUUGUGAAAUGUAGAGGAAUGUGAAAUGUGAGAUAGCUCCACCGAGAGCUGAAAUAUGUCUGUGUCCACAAACAGCACUAAAACCACUUCAUCUCUAUCUAACUAUGGCCAUUAUACAUGCAGCAUAGAAUGAACGGGUGCAACUAAUCCGAUUUAUUUCAUGUGAUGAGAUAUGCAUGUUCUAAUCCUUAAUAAAACUGUUUAUAUGUGACAAUCA